AUGGAUGUUCCCUUCUCUGUCGUAAGAAAAGAGGACCGUGAGAGUUCUUCCAUAACUCAACUCACAGCAGUGGAUCCUGAUGGAGAGCCGCUCGUUUUCGGCGUGGUGGGUGAGGAGGCCUCGAGGUUCUUUGCUGUGCAGGAGGGCACUGGUGUGGUGUGGCUUCGACAGCCACUUGACCGAGAGAUGAAGUCGGAAAUGCAGGUGGUGUUUUCUGUCAGUGACAGUCAAGGGGUGGUGAAGGACACCGUGAACAUCCAGAUUGGAGAUGUGAAUGACAACUCACCGACUUUCCAUAACCAGCCUUAUACUCUGAAUAUACCAGAGGACACACCUGUAGGAACGUCAAUCUUCAUGGUCAAUGCUACAGAUCCGGACCAAGGCACAGGGGGAAGUGUGCUUUUCUCUUUCCAGCCUCCAUCUCCCUUCUUCUCAAUUGACGGAGCCCGAGGAAUCGUCACUGUGUCGAGACGUCUAGAUUAUGAAAUUACAAGUGCCUACCAGCUCACUGUCAAUGCCACGGACCAGGACAAACUUCGUCCUCUCUCCAGUCUGGCUAACUUGGCCAUCACUCUCUCUGACAUUCAGGACAUGGACCCCAUCUUUACCAACCUGCCCUACAGCACCAAUGUAGAGGAGGAAGCACCGCUGGGUUUUGAGGUGCGUAAGAUCAGAGCGAUUGAUCAGGAUCUUGGCAAACCUCGAGGCAUCGGAUACACCGUUGUAUCAGGCAACACCAACAGUGUGUUUGCUUUGGACUACAUCAGCGGAUCGUUGACGGUGAAUGGCCGACUGGACAGAGAGAACCCUCUGUAUUCUUCAGGAUUCUCGCUAACAGUCAAGCCGCUCUCGUUGGUGCAGAUAUUGAUUUUGAGCGCAAAGGCUGGCAUCCUGUCCCUUGUGUUACCACACCAUGCCUUGUGCCCCAAGUCUCAUGAGGCGACAGAGCUGAAUGACGACCGUACGCCCACUUCGGCGACCGUCCUCACAACCUUCACCAUCCUGCUCAUUGAUAAGAACGAUAACGCUCCCAAGUUUAACAGCUCUGAGUACCGUGUGCGCAUCACCGAGCUGGUCCAAGUGGGGUUCGCCUUGCCGCUGUCUAUACAGGUGGAGGACAAGGAUGAGGGAGUGAACAGCAUGUUUGAGGUGAUCUUAAUGGGAAACAACUCAGAUCACUUCACCAUCUCCCCCACAUCAGUACAGGGACGAGCUGAUAUCCGCGUGCGGGUGGCUGUGCCUCUGGACUUUGAGACUAUCAGAAGCUACAGCUUUUCUCUGUAUGCCAAUGAAUCUGUAGCGGAGCACGUGGGCUUCGCUCGGGUCUUCAUCGAUCUGUUCAAUGAGAAUGACAACAGGCCUGUAUUCAGCCAAACGGUGUAUAACAUCAGUUUACUGGAGAGCACAGCACCUGGCACGUCACUACUGAGGAUACAAGCCACAGAUAAUGAUUUUGGCACGUUUGGCGUUGUGCGCUACUACUUCAGUGACGAGCCUGACCAAUUCUCACUGGACCCCGAGACGGGAUGGGUGACCCUCAGGGGUCGUCUAGAUUACGAGUUGACGCGUCGCUUCACCCUGACGGUCUUGGCUCGUGACGGAGGUGGAGAAGAGACCACAGGACGUCUCCGUGUCAACGUGAUGGACAUAAAUGACAACGCUCCUGUCUUUCAGAAGGAUGCUUAUUCCGGCUCACUGAUGGAAAACCAGCAAGUUGCUCAACAAGUGACCCGUGUGAGGGCGACUGAUGAAGACUCUCCUCCGAACAACGUCUUGACCUACUCCAUCAUCUACGCCUCUCAGUUCCGCAGUUUAUUCAGCAUCACCAUGGUGGAGGGUUAUGCAGUGAUCACUGUGAACAGACCUCUGGACUACGAACAGGUUCCUGGUGGAAUGAUAUACCUGACACUGAUGGCACAAGACGGAGGAGAUCCGGCCUUAAACAGCACCGUACCCAUCACCGUGGAGCUGUUUGACGAGAACGACAAUCCUCCAGAGUUCAGUCAAUCCUCAUACAUUGUACGGGUCUCUGAGAACAUGGUUGCAGGGGCGACUGUGUUAUUUGUGACGGCGACAGAUUUGGAUGCAUCCAGAGAAUUUGGCCAGGCCUCUCUCAUCUACUCACUGCAGGGGCCUUCUGAGUUCAGACUGAACACACGCUCAGGGGAGAUCACCACCACAGCUCUGCUGGAUCGUGAGGUGAAGUCUGAGUACAUUCUCAUCGUGAGAGCUGUGGACGGAGGAGUGGGACCUCUGCAGAAAACUGGCAUCGCCACGGUCAACAUCACUGUCCUGGAUAUUAAUGACAACGCCCCUAUGUGGCAGGAUGAGCCGUAUCUGGCUAAUGUUGUGGAAAUGAGUCCAGUCAACACUGACGUCAUCUCUGUCCUGGCCCUGGAUGCUGAUAAUGGAGAUAAUGGGACAGUCGUGUACAGUAUCAGUCCUGCAAACCCCUAUUACAUCAUCAACAACAGAACCGGGAAGAUCCGCACCAGUGGCGCCGUGCUGGACAGAGAGAGCGUGGAUCCCCGAGCUGCGCAGCUCAUGCGGACCAUCAUCAUUUCAGCUACUGAUCGUGGAAACCCACCACUGCGCUCUUCAGCCAGCACCACGGUCUACGUCAAUCUGCUGGACCUUAACGACAACGAUCCCACCUUCCUCAACCUGCCGUUCGUCGCCGAGGUGCCAGAGGGUCUUCCUACCAACUCGUCUGUCUUCAGGGUGCAAGUACAGGACCCAGACGAGGCGGAGAAUGGGGUCGUGACAUUGGCUCUGCAGUUGGGUUUACCCCGUAUGGACUUCCGCCUCAACAGCAGCACAGGUGUGCUAUUUUCUACAGUUGUACUGGACCGUGAGCGGAUCGCACAAUACCAGCUGCGGCUAGUGGCUUACGACUCAGGGCAGUACCCACGCACCUCCACCAGCACCCUCACCAUCACAGUGUUGGACAUGAAUGACGAGACUCCUACGUUUUUUCCACGCCUGUACAAUGUGUCGGUGUUGGAGAGCGUUCCACGGGAUUUCGUGGUCGCACGGCUCAACUGUUCUGAUAACGAUGCUGGCCUUAAUGCUGAACUCAGCUAUUUCAUCACAGGUGGAAAUCAGGAUGGAAAAUUCAGUGUGGGCUUCAGGAACGGUGUGGUGCGCACUGUGGUGGAUCUGGACCGAGAAAUACAAGCCUCAUACACACUCGUCAUCGAAGCUAUCGAUAACGGUCCAGCUGGGGACAGAAAAACAGGCACAGCUACAGUCUAUGUAGAAGUGCUGGAUGUCAACGACAACAGACCCAUCUUCCUUCAGAACAGCUACGAGACUACGAUUCUGGAGAACGUCCCGAGAGGAACCAGUGUACUACAGGUCCAGGCCACAGAUGCAGACCAGGGAGAAAAUGGCAGGGUUCUGUACCGAAUUCUCUCUGGUAACAGUGGUGGUCAGUUCAGUAUAGACCUUCUGUCUGGCCUGAUCACCCGAGGACAGCGAGCUCUGGACAGAGAGACGAGCAGCUCACACCUGCUGGAGGUGGAGGCAUACAACAGUGACCAGGGCAGCAUGCGCAGCUCUGUCAGGGUGAUAGUGUACGUGGAGGAUGUGAAUGACGAGCGUCCCGUGUUCACCCAGCAGCAGUAUAACAGACUCGGCCUGAGAGAAACAGCCGGAAUCGGCACCUCUGUGAUCGUGGUACGAGCCACUGACCCAGACACCGGAGAUGGAGGUGCUGUUUCCUACGCCCUUAUCUCGGGUUCAGACCGUAAAUUUGAGGUGGACAUUAGUACAGGACUAGUGACCACAGUGGAUUACCUUGACUAUGAGACCAAGACCAGCUACCUAAUGAACGUGUCAGCCACAGACCAAUCGCCUCCCUUUAAUCGGGGCUUCUGUACUGUAUAUGUCACUCUGCUGAAUGAGCUGGACGAGGCUGUGUCAUUCAUGAUGGCCGGGUACGAAACGUCCCUGAGGGAAAAUAUAGCUGGCGGAACGGAAGUGAUCCAAGUGCGAGCUCAGUCAGCAGAUAAUCUGAAUCAGCUGACGUAUCGUUUCGACCCGGAUACGUCACCCGCCGCUCUCGCGCUCUUCAAGAUCGAUGCUGUCACGGGUCGGAUCACUGUGACUGGUCUGAUAGAUCGAGAGAAGGGAGACUCCUACACUCUCACAGUGGUUGCUGAUGAUGGAGGACCUAAAAGAGGAUCCACUGUGGUAAACUUCUGUAAUCUUCUAGAAACUUCUAUAAUCUGAAUUCAUCGGAAGGUGAAAUGUACAAAACUAACCAAAAUGCUUUCUCAUUACUUUUUCCUAACACAUUGUGCAUUUGUAGAAGGUAAGUAAUGAUUUACUAUUACA